AUGGCAUCAUGUCCGAAAGAAUUAGAACGAAAUAGUCCAACAAAUGGAAUGUCAUUUACAGCUGAACAAGGUGAAAAACUUUUUCAACGUUAUUUAAAUAAAAAAGUUAUUUGGUUUGAAUCUGGUGAAGGUGGUUUAAAUAAUCUUCUUUUCUUUGUUGAAUGUGAAAAUGAUCAAAAUAAAUAUGUUCUUAAAAUUUGUGGUCGAUCUUGGCAGAAAAUCAAAACUGAAUCGGAAGUAUCUGCUAUUUCUUUAGUUCAUAAAUAUACGCAAAUUCCUCUUCCAUAUGUAGUAGCUUAUUCAUCAGAUGCAAAUAAUGAAUUUGGUGUUGAAUGGAUUGUAAUGACACGUACAGUUGGGAAACCAUUAAGAAGUUCAUCAAAAACAAAUGAUACGUGGCCAAAUUUAUCUAUUGAUGAGCAAAAAUCAAUAAUAAAUGAACUUGUUGAGUAUAUAGCUCAAUUUCAUAAUAGUAUUCCACGUUCAAAUCAAAUUGGAAAUUAUAAAAUGAAUGGUGAAAUAGGUGCUGAUAGUAAUAGAAUGGGUCCAUGGAAUAAUUAUAAAGAUUUUUAUAAUGAUCAUUUAAAACGUCAAAUAUCUUUUUUACUAAAUGAAAAUAUAUUUGAACCAGUUCGUGAUGAUAUGAUGAAAUCAAUAGAAGAAUUUCAAAAAUUAAAUCUUCCAUCAUUUGAUGAUAUGCCAAAUGUAUUUACACAUAAUGAUCUUGGUGUUCAAAAUUUAAUUGUAUCUGAUGAUAAUAAAAUAAAAGGUAUUAUUGAUUGGGAAUGGGCUGGUUCAUAUCCAAUUUGUGAAGAAUAUUUUCGUUCAUAUAAACCAAUUAUUUAUGAUGAUUAUUUAAAAAAUUAUCUUUAUGAUCAACUUGAACAACAUCAAAUUCCAACUCCAAGAACAAUUCAAAAUUUUUCGAUUUUACAAAAAAUGUAUGAUGUUCUUCAAUCAACUGCUCCUUGGUAUCUUACUGAUUUAAUUAAUCCUCAGCAUCCAACUGUUCAAAAAGAAUUAUUUAAAUAUCGAGAUAAGCUUAAAAUACUUGUUCAACAAAUCAAGGAAGAAUUAAAAUAA